AUGGACAUUGCCCCUGUCUUAUCAAAAAAUGCUCUUGUAAAUUAUCUUGCCAAGUAUGUUGCAAAGAAUGAAAACUGCUCCUCAGGAUUCAAUGAUCUAAUUGCAGUAAUUUUUGGUGAGUCACCAUUCACUAUUAAAAGUGUUGUGCAACGGUUGUUCAUCAAGGCUAUUUCUGAAAGGGAUUAUUCUGCCCAGGAGGUUGGGCGUAUUCUCAUGCAAAAUGAGCUGGUCAGUUGUAGUCGGAAUUUUGUUUAUGUCUAUCUCAAUAAUGAUGUAAAGAGGAUUAAAGUGGCAACAAACAACAACAAUGCUAAAUGUGGUAGGUCUAUUGUUCAAAAGUAUAUGAACAGAUCUGAAGAUUAUGAAAAUAUUAGUUUAUGGUUAAUGGCACAAUCUUUUGAUUUUUCAAAACAACGUAAGCGUACUAACAAAGCUAUUGUGUCAGUUGUUCCAAAAAUUUCUUAUAAAUUAAGCAAUUUGAACAAUGAAAAUUAUUUUAAACAACAAGUGAUUUUACAUGUACCCUGGAGAAGUGAUCAAGAUUUUCCCACUGACGUAAUGACAUGGCAAGAGAUAUAUGAUUUACAUAAGAGUGUAAUUGAACAACACAAAAAUCAUCUUGGUCUUGAUGGGUUAGUUGCAGCAGUUGAAGAUACAGAAUGUGAUGUAGAUGCUGCAGACACUGCUGAAUAUAUUGCAUCAAGAGAAGAAUGGAUGGCUAUUUCAGCAAUGCGACCCACUCAAGUAACGGAAGAAAUCCAACUGGGCAAUAGAUCAAUUGACAAUUUCAACUGGCACCAGUUAUAUGACAAGUACAAGGACUUCUAUACCAUAAGUGAGUUGCAAACUUUUAUUGCCACUUCAAAGGGCAAUUUUGAAACAUCUGACGAUGACAUUAUCCCUUUUCCGAAUGUGCAUUUGAAUGUUGAGCAAGAGAAGAUAUUGUCUUUGGUCAAAGACCAAAUUGGAGUUAUUGUUGACUCUAGCAAAGCUUGUGGUAAUGUACCUAAAACAGUUGUUGUACAAGGUUCAGCAGGAACUGGGAAGAGUACCGUAAUUCAAGCAAUUACAAAUACAAUUCAAUCUACAUUAGGUGUGGAUUCAGUGCUUGUUCUAGCUCCUACUGGUGUUGCUGCUGUGAACAUAAAAGGUUCCACAAUUCACUCAAGAUUGUUUAUUUCAUCCAUGAAGGAGUUUGCAGAUCUGACCAAUGAAGCAGCAAGAAAAUUUUGCAACAACAUGAAAAAUGUUAAAUUUGUGAUAGUAGAUGAAUACAGCAUGGUAGGAUGUGGAAUGCUCGGGAUGAUUUACUUAAGACUACGACAAGCCACAGGAAGACCUAAUGAUUUAUUUGGUGGAUUAAAUGUGGAAAACAGCAUGGGAUAA